ACUACAGUGGGCCUUUGGAGUCUGGAGUGGUAUGAAGCAUUUGAACUACUGCGAUAAAAAUAUUCUUUGAAGAACAGCUGUAAGGAACUCAUAAGAAAGAUUUUUCCGAUCUUAAUGGAUAAACUAUAGAAGAAUUAAUAAAUUCUUAGAAGAAUUUUUUAUAAUUCAAAGUUCAAGCCAUUUAGUUUUGUUAAAUCACGAUGAUUUCUCUAGUGUUGAUUGUUGUGACAAUAUCAGGUAUUGUUGGUCUACCGGUGAACCAAUCUAACCCACCACAUGCUGUACCACAACCAAGUCUUGAAGAUCGCGUUUUACUUGUAGAAAGAAGAUUAAAUUUAAAUGAUCAAAAGUUCAAUCAAGUUGAUGAUCAGAUGCUAUAUAUUGUUGGAAUAAUGAUGCAUCAAAUGAACUGGACUCAUCCAUCUCAAGGUCUUCAUUCCUCUAACACAGCUGGCAAUACACCAACUGCAAACAAAACUGUUACAAAUAGUCAGGUUGUUCAAGAACCAGUGACACCAAUAUCACACAACCAAAACCAAAAUGGUGGUCAUACCCAGACUCAAACAAUCACUACUAACAGUCAGUCUGGGGUCCAGGGAAGUCAUUCAAAUUCAGGAAAUCCAAGCUCUAAUGUUCCUCGAAGACAACACAAUAACCGUCCAUUUGGGGGUCUCGUCAGUAUUGAGCAAAAUUCCAUGGAGAGAACCUUACGAAGAAUUUUCUUCAAUCAACCCAUGGGAGGGGUAAGUACAGAUGCAGAGUCUUUUGAAGAUUUUGGAAGAUUUCCUCAUGGUCCCAAUCACAGCAAUAGAGGAGAGUAUCCUUUAACUGGUCUUCAUGGCAACAAUCCUACUGGAGGACAAAAUACUCAUACGUCAAAUAAUGGUAAUGGUCAAAGCAAUGGACAUAACCAUGCUUCUACUUCUAGUGCAAGUAACCAAAGCAUCAAUCAGCCAGAUGGUAGUAUGAAUCAAAAUAAUUCACCGAACAGCCAAAGUUCUACAAAUAACAAUGAAGGACACAACAGUGCCCACAGCAACCAAGAACAAAACAGUCAGGGUACACAACCUACAGUAAAUAAUGUUGAUAGCCAAGGCAGUCAACAGACGUCUAGCAAUCCACUAAACAAAACCUUCCAAGAUGGUGCUGCAGCUGAACAGAAAGACACCCAACAAAACGAGAACCAAAAUACAGAAGUCAGCACUCAAACAGAUACACAACCUGAGAAAAUAGAAAACUCACAUUCAGAAGGCAGCAACAACCAACAAUCUACCACAAUUACUGAAAACAAAUCAUCUAAUUCUCCCAGUAAUAAUCCAGUGGUUUCUAACAAUGGCAAAGUUGAACAGAAACUUCCAGAGGCUGAUAGAACUAAUACUAUUGAUCAUGAAAAUUCCCACCAACCGGAAUCAAUGACUGGAGGAGAAGAAAAAGAUGGGAAAUCAAACCAUGAAGUGAAUGAACAAGAAGGUGAAAAUCUAACAGAAGCUGGUUUAGAAAAUGGUGAAGAAGAAUGGCAGAAUGAAGGUGGAGAAAAUGAGAAUCAUGAAAGAGAAGAAACAGAAGGUCUUGAAACACAACAAGCUACACAGAGUGAUCAUGGUGAACUACAACAUGGUUCACAUAUCUCACAUCCAGGGGAAUCCCCAUUUGAACAAACACCUGCAUUACUAAUGCCAGUUGAAGUUGUAGAGGAAAGAUAAACAAUGGUUUUAAAGAAGAUUGUU